AUGUUUGCGCCUCCCUUCAGCGCUUCUAAUGCUGCUCCGACAACUUCGAAUGUUUCGACUUCACAUUUUGGCGAAUCAGGGAAUCAUGAAAAUGAUGGGGUGCCGGAGGAAACAGAAGUAGGACCAUCCAAUGUCGACGAUGCUCGUUCCCCAGUUAGUGACACCUCGUCCGCUCCAAGCUCUGCGCAAUCUAUGGAUGUAUACAAAGAAGUUGAUGCCAUUGGAGCCAAUAGUUCUGGCGUAGUCCGGCAAGUUCGCGCUGAGCAGUGGUGGCGGAAGCAACUGGAACGUGAGCUGUCUGGUAAACCGCCAUUAAAGCAAAACAAGCUCUAUGUGGAAUGGAUGGAUAUAAUGAAUGAGAUCAUGGCCCUAAGGCGCGAUGCGGAGAACAAGCCCGCACCAGCGUAUGCGAAAACCAUAUACCUGUCUGAAACGGAUGUGGUCGCUCUGGCUGGCGAUGAGAGGGAGAACGUGUGGGACAUCAGGGUGUUGAGUGGGUGUCGUGUUCACAUACUGCCACGGGAACGCGAUUCUGUGGAUUUCAAGCGCAAGGUCGUUCUUACAGGUUCUCCGGAGGCCGUUAGACUGGCUGAGAAAGAGAUUCGAGCGGAUAUCCAAACAGCUCAUACUCCCGAAGGUGGGGUGCCCGACUGGCUACCCCCCUUUGUGACCGCUCACGAUUGGAAACGAAAACACAACAUCGAUGUUCCACAGCUCCGAUCAGUCUGGACGCACAAUUUGCCGUUGAUUGCUAAAGGGAGAAGAUCAAGGAAUCCCAUUCGGGCAGAUGUUUUCCGAAGACCCAAAAAGUGGACUAUCAAGAAGUUUGGCGACUAUCUAGAAUCAAUUACGAACCUCUCAUUUUCAAGCCCUGUUCAUAGCUUGCUGUAUCCGGAUGGACGGCUAAACCGAGACGUGAUUAUUGAUAUAAUCCGCGAACUUUUCACUAACCCGCACACGAAGCAGUUUUUGUCUACCAGAGCGGUAAACUCUGUCAUAUUCUAUUGCUACCGAUACCCCCAAUAUCUGCCAGUCCUUUUAUCUCUUUUUCCGAAUUUUGAACACUUGAUGACGACUAGGACUUUUAACGCCUUGCUCGCAGGUUGUUCUAAGAACUGUGACCUGGAUAGAUUUCGCUAUCUCAUCUCCCUGAUGAAACGUUGCGGUGUUAAGCCGAAUGGGUUGGAGUGGGUGGCGUUUGUUGACACUAUCCUGUCAUCCAAUGUCAGGCAGAAAGUGGUCGCGCGCCUGCGCAAAGAGGGACUGCUGGACGAUGAGCGUGUCCUUCGUCGACUCAUAUACCGGAUCAUUCCAGACGCGUUCGCGUCACAUUUAGACAGUGGUCAAUCCGUCAAAGAUUAUUUCGCAGUGAUGGAUAAAAGAUACGGACAGGGUUGGAUAUGUACCGAUUCAAUAAAACCUAUGCUGGGCGUAACUAUAUGCAAACAACGGGAAAUAAAACUGGAUGUCCAGUGCAUGAAUUAUGGCGUUGCGGUGCAUCGCAAUAGAAAGCAAUACUCGGAAGCAAUCGCUGUUUACCUAGACCUUGUCAACCACUUUCUUGGGCUCACCGUAAAUAAUGAAACCGUCCGAAUUCUCUUCAGCGCCGCAUGGGAGGCUAGGUACUACAACACCUGCCGUGUCAUUUGGACCUACGCCUGUCUCUGGGGCCUCGUAAGCAGCAGCAUGAAACACAUGGUUUUCGACUCUCUUCUCCGAAACACAGUCACUCCGCCUGGCAAUGAGUCCGAGGCAAACUGGUUUAGAAAAGCUGGCAAGGCGAUUGUUGGGAUUAAAAUUGAUAUGUCUGAUCUGGAACCUCGUUUUGACACGAUUAAGAACGCACCACCCACUCCCGACCAAGAGCUCCUGGGGACAGAUAACGUUAUGUCGUUGUUGAUCGAGUAUCAACCCGCUGGCGAGCUGAGGAGCCAGCAGCGGCAACUUGCACAUUGGAUCAUCAAAAAGGACUUUGAGGCAGUGUGGCGUUAUCAGCCGCAGCUGCCGUUCAGCCACAUGAUGUGGGAAGCUCAUGCGCUGGACAUGGGAUGGGCACGGGGCCAUGCUGAAAAUAUGCCAAUUGCGGAAGUGGUUAAAAAUGUCAUCAAAAUUCCUGUGGAUGAGAAGGUGGUUCAGAGGGACAGGGAAAAGGAUGAUCUUUCCCUUCGCGGAACUGGGGAGAGUGAAGUUGGGGAUGAACCAAAAAAACAACAGGAACAGCAGCCACAAGAGCUAACGCGAGAGUCGAAACAGCAAACAGCAAACAGCACGGGACCAGGGCCGGGAGUAGAGCCUGGAACAAAGCCAUAG